AGAGACCGUUCCUCGAUAAUCGUUCAUCUAAACUCACACUCCAAAACACACUCUGUUUACAGUCAUGUCGAAAACGACGCAUCUACACUCGUCCUUCUCUAUCAACAUUCCAAACCGAUUCACAAUUUUUCAAUAAUUUCAUUUUUUCACUCAAUUAAACACCGAUUUAUCCCCAAUUUCUGGAAUGGUCGCCGGAAAAGUCAAAACGGCAAUGGGAAUGCACAAUUCCCCAGCUCGAUCGAAGCCGCCGCCGAUGCCAACUCCAGAUUCCGCUAAAGGUAAAAAAAGCUCCGCCGCUGGCUUCUCCCGGUCCUUCUUCCCGCGCUCCUCCGCGCAGGUCCAGCCGCGCCCGCCGGACGUCUCCGAGCUGAUCCGGUUAGUCGAGGAGCUGCGCGAUCGGGAGUCGCGCCUCAAGACGGAGCUUCUCCAGCACAAGCUGCUGAAGGAGUCCGUCGCGAUCCUUCCGGUGCUGGAGAGGGAGGUUUCCAGCAAGGAUUGUGAAAUUGAGCGGUUUAGGAAGAAGAUCGAUUGCUUGGAGGUGGAGAAUGAGCAGCUGAGGAAUGAGAACGAGUUCCUGCACAUCGAAUUGACGAAGCAGAAUCGUAAAUACGAAGACAAGAUCAAAUACAUGCAGGCGGAAUUGUGCGAUAUUAAACGCGCCGUCGCCGAGCACGAUGAAACGACGUCGUCUUCUUCUUCAUCUUCUAUGGCGAAUUUCACCAACAAUUUCAACAAAUCGAAUUUCUCAGUGAAGGUUUUGCGCAAAUGCGUAACGCAGAGUAACAUCGCCUCCAAUUUCUGUGAGAGCGUCAACAAGGACGAGUUCAGCGCCGAUGCGCCUCCGCUUUCUCGCUGCGAUUCCGAGGAGAUUCACGAAACUUCAAUCUCGAUUCGAUCCCGAGCGCCGCGGGUUCCGAAACCACCGCCGCGGCCGUCGUCGUCGUCGUCUCAGUCUUCUUCAUCGGUCAAUCACAGCGACGGUUCCCUUUCCGAUUCAGCCGACCGCACAUUGGCGGAGAUAUCCAACAUUCCGGUGAAAUCCGCCGCGCCGCCACCACCUCCUCCUCCGCCUCCGCCUCCGCCAGCACCGUCGAAGGCCGCUGCUCCGCCUCCUCCCCCACCUCCGCCGAAGGGAGUGAAAUCGAAGGCGGCGCCGGCGAAGGUCAGGAGAGUUCCAGAGGUGGUUGAGUUUUACCACUCGCUGAUGCGGAGAGAUUCGAGCUGUAGACGCGAUUCCGGCGUCGGCUCGUUGGCCGGAGCUGCGGCGAAGGAUAUGAUUGGGGAAAUUGAGAACCGUUCUUCACAUUUACUCGCGAUCAAGACAGAUGUGGAGACCCAAGGAGAUUUCAUCAGAUUCUUGAUCAAAGAAGUUCACAAUGCUGCUUUCGUUGACAUUGAAGAUGUUCUCCCAUUUGUUAAAUGGCUUGAUGAUGAGCUCUCAUAUCUGGUUGAUGAGAGGGCUGUGCUCAAGCACUUUGACUGGCCGGAGCAGAAGGCUGAUGCACUGAGAGAAGCUGCAUUUGGCUACUCUGAUUUAAAGAAGCUGGAGUCUGAAGUUUUGUCGUUUCGCGAUGAUCCCAGACAGCAUUGUGGUCCUGCUCUCAAGAAAAUGCAGUCCCUCUUUGAGAAAGUGGAGCACAGUGCUUAUAAUUUGUCGAGGAUGAGAGAAUUGGCUGCGAACCGGUACAAAGUUCAUCAUAUUCCAAUGGACUGGAUGCUCGACACCGGCUUUGUGAGUCAGAUCAAGCUGGCAUCUGUGAAAUUGGCAAUGAAGUACAUGAAGAGAGCUUCGGCAGAACUCGGAAUGGUGGCAGGUGGACCCGAGGAAGAGGAGCUUAUAGUCCAAGGCGUCAAGUUUGCCUUUCGAGUUCAUCAGUUUGCGGGCGGGUUCGAUGUGGAGACGAUGAAGGCGUUUCAAGAACUGAGGGAGAAGUUUCAGUUGUGCCAAAAUCAACACCAACAGAAAUUCGUUUGCAAGUCUCCUUGCUGAUUCUGCAGCAAACUCAGCUUCGGAAAAUGGCUUCAUUUUUUUGUUGUAUAAAGAAUUAAAGAAAUGGAAAUUGAAGAUUUGUGAA